UUUCGGCGGCGGUUGGUUCCAGGCUGCGCGUUUUUGCAUGGUGGCGUGACAUUCGUCCCCGGGUCGCGUCGGGAAAGUGGGAGGAAGGUGACGACUGACUGCUACUGGGGUGUGCGCGCUUGGUGCCGGGAGACUGUUCUGGAGGGCUAAUAGUCAUAAGCAUGAAGCGCAGUUCAUUUUCUACCGGUGGUGCUGGCCGACUCUCCAUGCAAGAGCUGAGGACCCAGGACUUGAACAAACAAGGCCUCCAUACACCUCAAACCAAGGAGAAACCAUCCUUUGGAAAGCUGAAUAUAAGCAGACCCACAUCUGAAAGAAAAGGCUCUGUAUUUGAUAAAAGAACAAGUGGACCUGGAUCCCGGAAUAGUCAAGCUGGCAUAUUUUCGAGCACUGAGAAAAUCAAAGAUCCAAGACCACUUAAUGACAAAGCAUUCAUUCAGCAAUGUAUUCGGCAACUCUGUGAGUUUCUUACAGAAAAUGGAUAUGCUUACAGUGUUUCCAUGAAAUCUUUACAAGCUCCAUCAAUAAAAGACUUUCUAAAAAUCUUCAGUUUUCUUUAUGGCCUCCUCUGCCCUUCAUAUGAACUUCCUGACACAAAAUUUGAAGAAGAAGUUCCAAAAAUCUUUAAAGAGCUUGGGUAUCCUUUUGCAUUAUCCAAAAGCUCCAUGUAUACAGUGGGGGCCCCGCAUACUUGGCCUCACAUUGUGGCAGCCUUGGUUUGGCUUAUAGACUGCAUCAAGUUAUAUAAUGCCAUGAAAGAAAGCUCACCUGUAUUUGAUGAUGGAUUGCCUUGGGGAGAAGAAACUGAAGAUGGAAUUAUGCAUAAUAAGUUAUUUUUGGACUACACCAUAAAAUGCUAUGAGAGUUUCAUGACCGGUGCAGACUGCUUUGAUGAGAUGACUGCAGAACUGCAGUCGAAGUUAAAGGAUUUAUUUAAUGUUGAUGCUUCCAAGCUGGAGUCAUUAGCAGCCAAAAACAAAGCAUUGAAUGAACAGAUUGCAAGAUUGGAACAAGAAAAAGAAAAAGAGCCGAAUCGUCUAGAGUCAUUAAGAAAGUUAAAAGUUUCCUUACAAGCAGAUGUUCAAAAAUAUCAGGCAUAUAUAAGCAAUUUGGAGUCUCACUCGGCCAUUCUUAACCAAAAAGUGAGUGGUCUUGAUGAAGAAAUUUCUAGAAUAGAAUUAGAAUAUGAAGCAGUAAAACAGGAGAAUACUCGACUAGAGAAUAUUGUGGACAACCAGAAGUACUCAGUUGCAGACAUUGAGAGAAUAAAUCAUGAAAAAAAUGCAUUGCAGCAGACCAUUAAUAAAUUAACUAAGGACCUGGAGGCUGAACAACAGCAGUUGUGGAAUGAGGAACUAAAAUAUGCCAGAGGCAAAGAGGCAAUUGAAACCCAAUUAUCAGAGUAUCAUAAAUUGGCUAGAAAACUAAAACUCAUCCCGAAAGGUGCUGAGAACUCCAAAGGUUAUGACUUUGAAAUAAAGUUUAAUCCUGAAGCUGGUGCCAGCUGCCUUGUCAAAUAUAGAGCACAAGUUUAUGUACCACUCAAGGAACUUUUGAAUCAAACUGAAGAAGAAAUUAAUAAAGCUCAAAAUAAAAAAAUGGGGUUAGAGGAUACUUUAGAGCAAUUAAAUACAAUGAUAACAGAAAGCAAGAGAAGUGUAAAAACUCUAAAGGAAGAAGUUCAGAAGCUGGAUGAUCUCUAUCAACAAAAAGUAAAGGAAGAUGAGGAAGAGGACCAAAAAUGUGCUAAUGAACUGGAGUCCUUGGAGAAACAUAAACAGUUGCUGGAGAACGCUGUUAAUGAGGGUCUCAGUGAAGCAAUGAAUGAAUUGGAGUCCCUUCAGCGAGAAUACCAACUAGUUAUCCAGACCACAACUGAAGAAAGACGAAAAGUAGGAAAUAACUUACAGCGUCUUUUAGAGAUGGUUGCUACACACGUAGGGUCUGUGGAGAAAUAUCUUGAAGAGCAUAUUGCUAAAGCUGAUAGAGAAUAUGAAGAAUGCAUGUCUGAAGAUCUCUUAGAAAAUAUAAGAGAAAUAGGAGACAAGUAUAAGAAGAAAGCUGCUCUACUUAAGACUUCAGAUGAAUAA